AUGAAUGCACACUCGAUCGAUAUCUACCACGACCGGAAACUAAACACGAGCCGCUUUAUGAUCCACCCCAACUCGAAAUUGCGCCGAGCAUGGGAAGUGUCAACUGUCUGUUUGGUUCUCUAUGUCUGUGUGAUGAUUCCGUUCAUCAUCGGCUUUCAGUUUGUCGAUUGGAGCCACUUGAACGGCAUGAACACUUUUAUUGAUGUCUACUUCAUCACAGAUAUGGUCAUGACAUUGCGAACGGGUAUCGUUUCAAAUGGUGAAGUCGUGAUGGAUCCCAAGCGAGUCGCGCGCAAGUAUUUCCGCUCGUGGUUCAUCGUGGAUCUCAUCUCCAACUUCCCCUUGGUGCUCUUUGUCCAAUCUUCGGGCAAAUCUCUGAAAAUUGUAAAACUUCAGAAGAUUCCCAAACUGCUUCGGAUCGGUCGAUUACUGAAAUAUCUCCGCGAAUACGCCAAGUAUUACAAUCUCAUUGUCAGCUUUCUGGGCCUUGCCAUGGGCUUGCACCUCUUCGCAUGUCUAUGGGCCAGUUUAUUCAACGAAUGCUAUGGUCCUCGCAGCGAAGUGGUCUGCAAAGAAGACGAGUUGGCACCAAUGUACGUCCAAUGCGUCCAUAUCAUCAUACUCAUGUUCCUGGGAAUUGGCGAAAGCACGACAUAUGCGAGCAUCGCAAGACUACAAAAUCCCGAGGUGAACGCCAACAUCGGGCUCUACUACAUGAGUAUCACCGUGUUCAUGUUAGGGACAGUUUUUUCAUCCUUCCUCUUUGGCAAUGUCCUUGCUCUACUCAUGAGUUGGGACCAGCAAAAAGCUCAAUUCCGGAAUCGGAUGGACAUGAUUAAAGCCGAAAUGAAGUACUACGAACUACCAGAGGAGCUGCAGCAUCGUGUUCGCAGGAAUUACGAUUAUCUCUGGAUCAACCAACGUGCAUAUUCCGACAUGAUGCUGUUGAAUCAGCCCGGUAUUUCUAAGCCGCUUAAAACGACCAUCGCGUUGCAUUUAUACAAGGAUUUACUGAAGACGGUACCAUUCUUCGCUGGAUCGGACUCGCGGUUCUUAGGCAAAGUCUGUCUUGCAUUGGAAACAGCAGUGUAUUUGCCAGGCGACACGAUCAUUUACUGCGAUGAUAUUGGCAAAGAAAUGUUCAUCGUCCGCAAAGGUCUCGUAGAGAUUCUCGUUCCUGACCCAGAGAACUCGGAAAAGCGGAUUUAUUUACGAGACGGGAACUUCUUCGGAGAGACAGCACUAGUCAUCGACGUGCGUCGCACCAACACUGUCCGUGCCGUUAACAUCUGCGACCUCAAUGUACUGAGCAAGCACGCGUUUAACGAGAUCGCAGCGGAAUAUCCAGAGUUCGGUGAGCGUAUGAAGCGGACAGUGAUUAAACGCCAACUUGACAAUAUGAACAUCCAGUCCCCCACUGAGAAGGCAAAAGUGCACAACCAGCUCACUUUGGUCGUGGAAAAGUCACUUAAACAGCGUCGAAUGUCCGUGUCACUACGUACCAUCUAUCGUGCGAAGAAACUGGGAGAUAAACUCAAAGACAUAGCUGACCGCGCCUCCAAACCCGUCCGCCGUUUUUCACGUGUCGUUGCUCCUCGACAAGCCCGUAUCCGUCCUUCUCAACGCGAAGACUCUCAUGACAAAUCAUUUCUCGAAUCGAAUUUUAAAGGAGAUAGUACGCGAGACUUGGCUCAGUAUUCCAGACCUGUUAGCGGCUCCACCUCGCAGUCUGGUGGCACACCGGAGACCACAGGUCCUCGACGGACGAUCGACUCUGGUCCACGACGCACUGACGUACCACUCGAUUUGAUCCCGUCCGCCUUGGCUCAAAUCACUUCAAUGGUCGAACAGAUCCGACAGACAACGGAAUUGUUGAGUCUUCGAUUGGGAGCUGCCGACGACUACGAAGAUGACGAGGAAGACGACGACUUCGACUACGACAGCGAUGACGUGUCGUACAACCUUCGUGAUGUUUCACCGUUUCCUCCUUUGACCGAGGAAUCCGACGAGGAAAUGGCACGUCGCGAGAGCAACAGCAUUGUACGUAGCCACUUGACUCAAUGA